AUGGUCCAGCUCUUCCCGCCCCGCCACGUCUACUUCCCAUCCACACCCUCGCAUUCCUGCACCGUCAUCCUGCUCCAUGACAUACACAGCACCGGCCCAGAGCUAGCCGCGCGGCUCGCCAUGUCGCAGAUCCAGUCCACGGAAGCCUCUAUUUUUGAACACUUCCCCUCCUGUCGCUGGGUGUUCCCCUCCGCUCAGCCCCGCCAGACAGACACCUGCCAGACCAUCCCGGGGAGCUGGUUCGAGUCGCCCUCCCCAGGGGGACGGCUCGGCCCCGCGGCAAUGGACGGCCUCAGGGAGAGCGUGGCGUACACGCUCCGUAUUGUAGAUGAGGAGAUCAACCGGUUAGCGGGUCGCAGUCGUCGUGUGGUUCUCGGGGGGCUAGGACAGGGGAUGGCUGUCGCAGUGGGCGCGUUACUGUGUGCUCGGGGACGAGUUGGCGGCUUCAUCGGGCUGAACGGGUGGUUUCCGCUUCUGGAGGAGAUGGGCCGCUACGAAGGGGCAGAUGAUGAAGAAAUUCGACAGGCCUUUGUGGAUCAUCUGGGGUUGGAGCUGCUUACUGGAACCUCUGGUAUUCCCGGCCCGGCCGCAACCAAGGCACCAUCGUACGAGCUGCCCGAUUCAACGUGUAAGACACCAAUUCUGUUAAGUUACCUUGAGGCUGAUGCGCGGGUGGGUUUGCGAACUCCUACGUUGGUUCACGACAUGCUGGUUCGACUGGGGUAUGCAAGGAUGGUCUGCAGGCUGUUUCCAGGCUCACGGCCAGGCGAGCGGUGGCUCAAGGACCCUGAACAGUUGGAUGCCGUUGCAGGUUUUCUAGCAGAGGUGCUUGGCCAUUAG